AAAUACACAUGACAUGCUUAUAGAACAUGAAAGAUUGAUAAUGUUCUGUUAACUUUCAUCCUUCUAACAGACAUGGCAUCCUCAGACGAGGUAAUGGACGAUAAAGGGGAAGAACUAGCACAAGGGGAGGAAAUUCUGGCGGAGGAAGUGGAAGAUGAGGGGGAGGACCCCGAUUUUGACUUAUUCCUACGGGACAUUUUAACAGACUAUUUGGCAGAUUCUGAUGAUUUUGAGGAAGAUGAGAUAAUUGCAACAGUUCCAGUAGAUUUAUUACACCCCUUUGGAAAUCUUAACGAAUCGGAUGACUGUGAAAUAUGCCUGUCCAAAGAAAGUAAAGUCCGUAAUCGUUUAUGCUGCCAAAUACCUGUUUGUGAUGACUGCAUGGAGAAAUAUUUUGUUACCCAAAUUGAAUCUGGUUUCAGAAGAAUGCAGUGCAUUUCAUCUGGCUGCUCUGAGUAUGCUCAUGUCGAUGAGAUUAUGUGCCGUUUACCGGUUGAAUUGAAAGACAAAUUUUACAAAUAUCUUGUAGAUACCAAUAAUGAUCCUUAUGUUAAAACCUGUCCAAACUGUAGUUAUGUGCAACGAGUCACCAAAGAAGAAUUAGAUGUUCCAAAAAAGAAAAGAAAAUAUGGUUGUCAUAUAGUUUGUAAAGACUGCCAUUUGGAAUGGUGCUUUAUUUGCCAUGCACCUUGGCAUCGAGAGGGUAUAACAUGUAAAGAUUAUCAGAAAGGUGACAAGCUAGUCAAAAACUGGGCCAAAGAGUUUCAUUAUGGAAACAAAAAUGCAGAACGUUGUCCCAAAUGCAAGAUUUUCAUAGAGAGAACAUCUGGGUGUGAUCAUAUGACCUGUAAAAACUGUCAUACAGUGUUUUGCUACAAAUGUGGAGAGAAGUACAUUAAAAUCAAAUUUAUUGGGGAUCACUAUGGGAGAUUCAGUCCACUGGGAUGCAAACACAAACUGUUACCAAACAAACCAGUUCUACGAAAAGUUAUAAGGGGAUCAGCACUUGGUGCUAAAUUAUUUGGAGGAAUUCUUCUUGGGGGGCUGGCCAUUGGAGGAGCAGCCAUAUUUGUUGCAGUCAGUCCCAUUGUAGUGCCUGCGUACUUUGGUCACAAGUAUAGGAUGCGAAGACGUUAUAGGCGUACGAGGCGCAAGCUAAGAAAGCAAGAUCUGUAUAUGAUGCAGCAUGAUGCACAAUUUCUGGAGGCCAUGCAAAUUAGCCUUGAGGAGGCUUUACAAGCUCAAAUUCAUGAUAUUGUAAUUCAUGGUGACCAAAGUACACAAACUACAUUGCCAGGAGGUGAGGAUGAUGGAAGCUCGCUUUCCUCUAAAGAAGAUGAGGAGGAGGCCAAAGAAGGGAGGGAGAAUGAGGAAGCAGGAAAAAAUGAAAAUGUCAAAGUUAUCAUCCAUAACCAAGAUGAUGGGGUUAAGAAACCUUCCACCAUCAUUGAGGUAGAGGAAGAAAACCAAGUCCAUGUGACGGGUGGAAGAGACAGUCACAUGACCACUGCUGACCUAGAAACACAGUCAGAUGGACAAGUUGUACUGCACGUGAAAACCACAUCAAAAUCCUCAGAAGAAGAAAAGAAAUUGAACCAGUCAGAAGAGGGUGACUUUACAUUCACGGAAAAUGAGGAUUCAAUCAGCAAUGGAGGUUGUUUAAUCAAAAUUUUAAAGAAAUUACCCUCUGUGUGGGAGAAAGAGAAGGAUGGAGAGAAAAUCCAAAAAUGGGAAAGCACGGAUGACUCUAAAAGCAUUAAGGAUUUCUGUGCUCCCAGUGACCAGAUUGAAGGUGAUGUUAGUCCUGGUUCCUUGAAGUUCAGUGAUACUUUAGAAUGCCUGAAGCAAUUGCAAGUAGAGAGUGAACUGAAAGAUUCGUAUUAUGGCUUAGUGUCUACCACUGAUGAGAUUACUUAUCUGUGAUACUGUAUAGGUUGGGUCUCUUAAUUGUCUUAUCUGCUCCACAUUAUGUGUGCUCACUGAAGUUUUCUCCACAUACCAUUAAGUUUCUUUUCUUAUGUUUUGAGUUCUAUUGGUCAAAGACCAAAGGAGUUUACGCACAUGGGCUAAGGGUCUAUUAUUUAUACAUUUUACAGUCUUAAGUUUUCAGAUUAAUGCUUCUCCUCCUACAACUUUUUUUUCUGAUUUAAAUAAAAUAUUAAAGAAAGCAUCAAUUUAUAGCUUCAAAAAUAGAAAGAAAAAAAGAAAAUAUAAUGAAUUGAUUGUUAGAAGCAAAAAUAUGGAUAUACAUGUUCUACUCUCAUUCAAAGUAGUAAGACCUAUACUAAUGCCCUGUUCACACGGGGAGUUUAAUUCGCAGUAAAUUGAUUCGAAGUAAACUAAUGCGAAUUAAACUAAUGCGAAUUAGAUUGUGUUCACACGAGAGCUAAUGCGAAUUAAAAUUAUAUUUCUACAGUAAGGCUAUUCUGUAAGCCUAUUAUGACGUCAUUUUUAAAUCACAUCACAUUGUGCAGAGCAGGUACAUUUUACAUAAUAUCAUUGUGUCUGUGCACAUUUUAUUGAUUAACAUAAUUUUCUUUGGUUUUCCACUCAAAAAUAGCACAAGUUACUAUAUUUGACCACCGACAUGUGGUCUUUGACUUAAUUCUGCCCUUACGCAUGUGUCAAAAUUUAAUUCGAAUUAGCUUAGCUUAGCGUUCACAUGGAGCUAAUGCGAAGUAAUUUAAUGCACAGUAAAUUAAUUCGAAUUAAACUAAUUUGUAUUCAAUUCUCUAUGUGAACGCGGUUCAAAUUUGAUUCGCAGUAACUUACGUUUAAUUGGUAUUAAACUCUCCGUUUGAACAGGGCAUAAGAUAUCAAUCCCAGAACAGUCUAGCCUAUUAUAAGGAAAGAAAACAAUACACAAAGUAAAAUUUUUUUUUCAAAGUGAUAUGAAUAUCAUUCUUAUUUUCUUACAGAGCAUAUGUGAGUGCUUCCACAUCAUUCUAAAAAAAAGUAAUAAAAAUAAUGACAAUAAAAUAAAAAAUAAUUAAAAAAGAAAGCAAAAGAAAGCUUUUAAGUUAAAUAGAAAACCCUAACAAACAACACUGGAAUGAAAAAGAAAACUUGUACAACAUAGAGUGUUCCUCUUUGAAUAUAAGAUAUAGAUGUUUUGAUAUCAUGUCUUCAUAAAUAGUUAUGAACUACACACUGUAAAUCUUGUUCUUUAUUUGCGUAGCAAACACUGUUAAUUAAAUGAUACUGAAAACUUGCAAAAACAUGUAAUAUGAAUGAGACUCUAAGGUUUACUCCAUGCACUGCUUUGUAAACAAUUUCAAACCUUACAACCCUACAAUAAUAAACUAAGACUUGGAAUAGAAAGCAUACCAUCAGUAUAUGGGAGAUCUUAUUUUCUACAACUAAUAAAAACUUUAUAAUAAAAUUAAUAAGCACUGAAAUACAUGCAGACUAGUUAACUGUAUUUAGUUCUCCGAAAUGCUUAAAAUUUGCUAGCUUCCAGGGGGGUUUGCUCACCACAUGUCCUUCAAUACAUAUUAUAAAACAAUAUUUCAAUGUUGGAUGAAAUCAGCAUUCAUGAAUUUCAGACUUCCUCAGUGCAUGAUAAUAUUCUUUGUUGGACACUUACAUUUAGUUGUCAGAAAUGCUGAAAAUUCAUCAGCUUCCAGGAGCUUCACAUGGACUCAUUGGGGCCCCAAGCAGCCUCCAACCUCUCUGCCUUUGCUUCUACAUCAAAUACUUCCUAGGUACACAUAUGCCCCAAUUUUUAGAACUUAAGUGAUUUUUUUUUUAAUUUUUUAAAAAAUGACCAUGUUGUAUGCACACUUUGGAGAAAAACUUUAUGCAAAUACCUCAGAAAUAUACUAGUAUUCAUCUGCAAUGCAAAGUUUUAAUAGAUAUUUACACAUUUUUACUUUACGUAAAUUUUACCUUAGAUUAUAAUAUAGUAAUGAACAUUUUUUUUUUUUAUUUUGAGAAAGAUGCUUUGAAAACGAGUACCUAGAUUCCUUUUCAAUCUUAAAUUAGACAAGUAUUUAUUUACACAAUUUUUCUUUAAACAAUCAUGAAAAAAUGAUGUGACAGUUCUUUAAAAUUAAUUAAUAAAUGAUUCCAAUCGAACUUGUAUAGGAUUCAUGACAAAUGAAUAUCAUGAAAUUUUAUUUUUAGUAUAAUCAAUCUUGAAGAAGCAGUAUUCACGCAUACAUACUUGCAAACAUAUGACGAUGAAAAAUCAUAUCACCCACUUUUCAUUUUAAAAAAAGCCUGUGAUAACAAGCAAGAUAUCAAAAAAAUAUUUAUGAAAACCAUUCAUCAUUUAAAUUUCCAUUUUAGAUGUAGUAACACAAAACAAAAUAGUGUACAGUUGAAAUUCUGUAUCUUGAACCUCAAUAUCUUGAAUAUCAUUGAUAUGUCCAAGUGAAUUGGAAGUCCCAACCAAUUUUUCUUAAUGUAUUUUAAUCUUGAUAUCUUGAAUCUUUGGAUAUCUUGGAAAGUUUUUUUCUAGGACUCCCUGAGUUCAAGAUAACAAGGUUUGACUAGUUACUGUUAAUUAAAUGUAAGCGAUGUAUACUUCAUUUUCUGAGAGAGAGAGAGGAAUCUCCAUAAAAAGAAUUAUAAAUUGUGUUUCUGUAUACAGGGAAAUUUUCGCCCUAGACACAAGUAGGCGAAUUUAAGAAGGGAUGAAUUCAAAGAAAAAAGUAUAAUUUAAAUAAAACUGUGACUGGGCAAAAUUAAGAUGGGGCAAAAUUGUUUGCAAGUCUAAAAGGGCGAAUAUAACAUGGGGUGAAAAUAACCCUGUAUACAGUACUUUACUAAAAAAAUGGAGAAAUAGGGUGAAAUUUGGAAUUUUGAUUAAGUGCAAUAGUUUACACUGUAUGUAGAUUACAUUAAUGUGCAUAUGUUAUUUACACUUAAAUAGUUCUUUUUUGCAUGUGUUGUUUGUUGUAUUGUUAGCUUUGUAAGUGUAUCUUUAUUGUUGUUUUUCUACCAAAAUGUCUAGUUAAUUCUACAGAUCAAAGAUUUUUUGUUUUUAUUUUGUGUCUGUCAUUGUUAUACCGGGGUAUAUAUUCGUGAAGAAUUUUUCAAAGUGCAACUCUCACAGCUAUUGCUUAAUGAUGAUGUCACACGUAUUGAAAUAAAAUAUCUUAACAUAAAAAAUGAA